AUGAAUGUGGACAGCGGCGGCGGCUGUCUCCCUUGUAUAUUAGCCAACAUACGUCAAAGAUUCGAAGACAAAAUCUGCUUCGCGUCUCCUAUCUUUCCUUCGAUUUCUAACCUCACUUGAUUGGAUCUUCGACCGUAUAGUGCUUUCAAUGGGUGGUUCGCCAUGGAUCAGGCCUGAGGUGUAUCCAUUGUUUGCGGCUGUUGGUGUUGCUGUAACGAUGUGCAGUAUUCAGUUGGUGCGAAAUAUCUUCACCAACCCUGAAGUCAGGGUGACCAAAGAGAACAGGCUUGCUGGAGUGCUGGAAAACCAGGAUGAGGGAGAAAGAUAUGCUGAGCAUGCCGUGAGAAAGUUUGUUCGCGGCAGGGCACCUGAAAUCAUGCAUUCCCUCAACAGCUCCUUCUCUGAUCCUAAAUAAUUAAUUCUCAUCUGCUUCUGUUCGCGCACAAAGUUGAAUAAUUGAUUCUGGGUUCUGGGUUGGUUUGGAUUUCAUAUGUUUGAGCCGUGAUGUGCUCUGAAUGGGUUUCGAUUUAGAAUAAACUUGUUUUCAAAUGACGUGAAAUAAAACUACACUGCUUCAACAUUUGAAGCUUGAAUAUAAGUAUUUUAGUUUCAUGAACUGUUAUGUUACACAUUAUAUUUUUCUAUGUGAAAAAUGA